UCUUUCCGAUUGUAGCAGAUUGAAUUUGAAAGCGUAGUUUAUAUUACCAAGGUAUGUUAUGCUGUUGUGUUGGUAAAAAUUCUAGGCAUUAUUCGGCACACAGAAAGAAAUAAUGAAACGAAAUUGAAUUGCAUUGAUUUUUCAAUUAUUAGAACUGUAUCUUUCAACUAACGCUUAGUUUUUCGUUUGAAUUGUAUUGAAACGUAUGUAAAGUAACUUUAUGUUUGACUUUUUACUACAAAUAUGCGCAUGAAAAUAGAUGUAAAUUCACAACAUAUUUUUAUCUGUGUACGGAAUAAACUUACAAUAAUUAUACAUGCAAAAGUGUUGGCCGACCGGAAAGUUUAUGUGUGAAAGUUCGCAGGUACCACAAGGAUUAGUACUGACUUCUUAUUUUUUCGGCGAGAUUCUGCAGAUGAAACAAUAUCCUUCCGCUGUGUGCCGCAUGUUGUCUUUCGAUCAAAAACACGAACGCGAGUGCACUUCGGGAAUGUGUCUGUGACACUGAGGCGAAAACGGGUGAACUUUUGAUGUCGAUUGAUAACUGUCGAUGAGAUCUGAAUAAACAAGUGCUUCAAAGUGGUUGAAUGGGUUGCAAAGUUCUUGGUGCCUGUUUUUCUGGAAUUGUCAUACUUUCCGUGGACAACGUCGAAAAAAUAACCCAUCAACAACGAAUAUUAUUAUGCAUUAAUGGACGAUUGGUAGCUGGAAUCGCUGCGAAAAGGCUUCACCUGAAGCGAACGAAAAUUCACUUCACUUCGCUACAAAAUGCACUGGGGCACAAGAUCAUCGUAACUACACACUUAAAUACUAUUGCUGAAUCUCGACAAAAAAAUGCUGAAAUUUGCACAGUCGAGUGCUCGGUUAUCGUCUCGGCCAAAUGUAUAAUUACUGUGAAUCUUGGCAAACCUAAAUUUGUUAACUGUCAACUAAUGCCGACCUUGUCAGCAGCAAUUGAAUAUACAAAGAAUAUUUCUUCAUUAUUGUACGAAAUGAAUAUCACAAAAGCUAAGGCUGGGGAGAACGGGUGUUUUAUUAAUCUUCAUUUUAAUUUAGCAUACAAAAAACAUCACGGUCAAAGAUAAUUCUUCCUAGUGCAUCUCAACGCCUCUAACUGGAAACAAACAGAUUUUUAUGAGUAUAUAUGAAAAGAGAUAGUUUUUUAUUUCAUCUAAUUUUCACUCACUUCUCAAGAAAUAUAAAAAUCUUUUUCUUAAUUUCACCUCUAAACUUCACGAACAACGGCGACGUGGUGCUUUGCAAAACUGACAAGAAACAUUAGAUGCAGUGGCUUCUCGUGACAAAAUUGACUAGUUGUGCACUGCUUAUGUAGUAUUAUAGCAAAUGUAACAGUCCGUUGUAAGUGAAAACUAAAGAUUGAGGAAUGGAGAUUCGCUUGUUGUUUUCAAUACAAUGAGAUAACGAUAUACUUUCGGAUGGGAUUUUUUGUUAAACUAACAAAUCUCAGAGCUGAGCUGAGUAAUUCUUUCUCAUCUUGAAUCUGAGCAGUAACUCAUGUGCACGGAAAAGACACUAACACAGCGACAACAGAUAAUUGAUAUUUUAUGUCUGAUGUAUAUGAGAUGCGUGUAAAUACACGCAAUUUCGGUGCGAUCCAACCUGCUUUCAUCGAAUAAAUAAAGAUUCCAAAAAAUAGUUGAAUUUGGAUGGGAUUGGGGACGCAGUUCAUUCCUUGAAUUCGACCGGUUGUGCAGCGCACGAGGUGCACAUGAGGACGAGACGCCACUGAUUAGAUGACAAGUGUUUCACCGAAUUUCUCGGCAAACGGAUUUGUUGAUCUUUACAUAUUUGUUGUUUGCUGACAGCAUGAUAUUAUGCCAAAUUUCGGCAAAAAAGGUGGGUGGGUAAUGUCAGAGACAGAACUGGAUGUCGUGAAUACGAAAAAACUGACACGCUCCCAUCACUUUUCCGAAUAUCAGUUAGUUAAUUGAUUGUAUGAAUUGUGCAAGCUUUCCUCUUUUUCACUAAUAGAGUUUGAAGCGAUGCACCUACAUUAAAGUACAGAAUAGUUACAUUAAACAGCUACUAUUCUACAACUAUAUAUUCCAAACUUGAAACAAUUCCUUUUUAAUUUGCUAAUAUAGGACAGAGAUAGCAUUUCACCAGAGUGAUACACGCUGGAGCAGGAUUCUUGUCCACACCGAGGAUGCAAAAAACGAAGCACCGCACAAAGAGGAAAGCGCACUUCUUCUCAGUGUCGAAUAGACAGCAUUUGAGUGUGUGCUUGUGGUUAAAGCAGCUGGCGCGAGUGAAACACAUUCUCUUCGCAUGAAUCGCUCACACGCGCUCUCGUCUAAAUACACCCAAGUGACCACUGGCGCGUGAUGGUGAGCGAACACUUCUGUGAAAUUCAAUUAAUAGAGAGUAGAUCUGGCCUUGCUAUGAAAAAUUUGCAAGGAAAACCGAAAAUUUUACGAUGAAUUGUUUUAUUUUGCUGAUUUUGCGUGCCCCACGCUUCUUCUACGCAAACUAUACACCAGAGUGCGCACCGGCGUGUACACCUCUGUGAAAGUAUCUGCAUCCACCUCAGAGAAUUUAUUAGCUAAUGCUCUAGUACUUUGGUGCGAUUCAGUGGAAGAGGUAAAAGGAAAUAAACAAACGCACUCAUGAUGCGUGCACACUUUAUACAACAGUGGUGUAUAAAUGUGAAAGAGAAGAGCUCUCGUUGAAGUUGUCAGUACGAGGGGAGAAAUUUUGCUUGCUCUUCGUCACACAGAGGAGAUAGACAUUGUAACAAGUACAAGGUGAUAUAUUUUGGAUUACACUAGCAGUAAAUGUAAAUAAAUGUAGCAUUAAAGAAAUCACUUUGAGCCAUGGUAAUUUAAAGUUAUGAUUAUUAUUGUGCAAACCGUUUCUCCCUACGCGAUUCAAUAUUUCACUGGCGUUGCCUAUCGGAGCCAUAUAUUUCUUAGAAUUCAAAUUCACUUACGCGGCAUUGAACCGUUCCGGAUGAAACUAACUGCAUCUAACUGACCGAUCACUCAGAGAGAAAAUGAACACAAGACAGGCAGUUACGGUAUCCAACCAAUGUACUUAGUUCUCGCAGAUGAACUGUCCCACCCUCUUCGUCUCCUUCACAUUGCGCAAGUGCGCGGUAUAAGCGGGCGGCUUGGAGAAACGAUUGUUUGCUUUCCCACGGUUUGUUCUUCCUGGUGGGGUUUAACCAGCGAGGGGGGAUUCCUUACAAACGACAUGUAUGUGUAUAUAUGAACGCGCAAAGAACGAAAUGGUUUGAUCUGGAUAGUUGGUGAGAGAGGGAGAUGCUGGGUUGAUCGGUGGGUGAUUGACCCUUGAAGAACUCGGUUUGAUAAGAGGUCGUUGUCCUGUUUCGGCUAGAUGACGUCCUUCCGGUUGAGAAAUUACAAAACCAUAGACACUUGCGAUAAAUCUGAGGGUUCUUAGCAACACCGACUUCAAAUCGACCUGGAUCGUGGAGGAAGACAGAAGUGAAAGUGUCUAGUGCGUGUCGCGUAUUGCAUAGUCAGGUAAAACGCGUUUAAAGGGUUUCUAGUCCAAGUAGUUAAUAUUUCUAUUCCCCUAAGAUUGGUUAUAGUCAGUGCUAGUUAGGUUCGUGCAGAAAAUAGGUGCGAGUGCUAAAAAGUUCUAUUGAAGCCAUCCGGCGAAUUUUUCCGCUUGACAGUCUUCUUCGUCGGCUCGCCACCCACGCCGAUACAAUUCUACAAAACGAACCUAGCGACGCAAAACCCGUCGUUCGGCAUAUCUCGUCGUCUACUUCACGAUCCCGCAGAAGACCCGACAUUCGUCUUCGUCGUCAUGCGACGCCCGUCAUGGCGUAGAAUUGGCAGCGUCAACCACGUUCACCGUCUUCACGUCGAAACUGCCGUAUUGACAGCCAUCAUAACGACGCCACCUUUGUAAGCCACAAAACGGAGUGAGUAAAAACCUUUGACAUGCGCAUGAUCAUUUGGUAGAUGUACAUUUUAGCACACAAUUGUAGCGUUCUUGGGCGAUAAAUGUCGCUAGAACGGAAAUCGCACGCCUUAGAUAAUUAAGCAUCAGGGGAACAUAAAAAUGUUAAUGAGUUACCCAAGUAACAAUUUUUGUUACGCUAGCUUGUUUGUGACUAGAUUGCAACCAGAUAUUUGAGUGAUUGUUACUAACAUCUAACCAGUUGCAUGACUCAAAAAGCGCAGUUUCUACUAGUUUUUAAAUCGGCUAAAAAUAAGUUGUCGUUACGUUGUAAUGUCAUACUGAAAUAACUUAUCUUUUCAUAACUUGAAAAUAACUUGUUUUCAAGUAAACUAGUUGAAACUUAGUCACCAGCGACAUUAUAAACAUUGAAUGAAUCCAGAAUACUUUUCUAUCAUCAAUAAAAAGCAGAAGAGUACUUUAAAUCACAAGCUUGAUACAAGGUACAAAUUUCACAACGAUUUUAAAACUGUCGAGCGGAAUGAAAUUUUACUCAACUGUUUUUUAUGCGCCUUCAAUCAAAAUCUAUUUAUAAAGAUAUAAAAAAUAAACAACAAAAUAAUGCUAUGUUCAGAAUGCUCAAAAUUAUUCCAAGUAGAGUGAUUUCUCAUCAUUUUAAAUUCAUAUAUCAUGAGAAUUAUAGAAUUAUCACAAUCGAUGUUCAAUUUCUAUAUUAUUUUCUUCGUGUUUAUGACAGUGCAUAGACCAAAAAUGACUAUUCUGCCUUUCACAAUUUUCGGCAAAAAGUAGUUUUGAAAAAAGUAAUAUCCUGGUUUUAUUUAUGUUUCAUACACUUCUUGAGACUCCAUAUUGUGUUCGCCAUAUUCAAGCCAACAAAGAUUGUUUUGUUUGCAUUUUCGUUAUCAUAACGUUGGGAAAACCUACCGAUAACUAUCUGAAUCAAUGAAGAAAUUAUAUGUUAUAAUCUUAUAAUAUUUAAGUUAUUACUACAUCAAUUCACAGUAACGAUUUACAUAUACGCUUACGUAUUUAUAAUGGUUCCGCAACAGAAAAUAAACCUUUUUUCAACUAGCAGCUAAAAGCAUAGUUGUGAUUAAAGAUAUGUUAGAAUCAAGUAACGAUAACUUACAAAUGAUAGUUAGUUCAAUGUUUACGUUAUAAAGAAACACUGCUGUCACCUUGUUUUAACCAGUAUAACAUAAAAAACAUGUUCGUGCUCUUGUCGCAACACAGUUGGUUUAAGCGGUAUCAAAACUAGUUACGGGUUGCUACUAUUGAAGUCAAAUAAACUUAUUUUCAACUAGUAGCUAGAAGCAUUGUUGUGAUUAAAGAUAUGUUUGGAUUAAGUAACGAUAGCUUAUAAAUUGUAUUUUAUUCAAUACGACACAAAGAUGUUAUUAUUAGUAAGCUAAAUAACUAUUUCGUAACUAGUUAUGUUAUGAUGAAACAUUGCUGUCACCAUGUUUUAACCAGUAUAACAUAAAAAACAUAUUCGUGCUCUUGUUGCAACAUAGUUUGGACUUUGCCGUAUUAGAACUAGUUGCGGAUUGCUACUUGGGUAAUGUUAGUGAAUAAAUGUUCAAAAUUGGUUUGUAAGAUGGAGUGAAAUUGUAACGAGAUUUUUAUGAUUUUCGGUUAAAACAACCUCCCCUCAAAUAUGACAACUUGGUUCUAGAAAAGCUUUUUCCCGCGCGUCCUCGCUUCGCUGUUUCCUUUUUUCAGUAUUCAUUUUUGUAUCUACUCCGAGUAUAGGGUUGCUUGGGAAUCUCAACCCCCAUUUUCUCCUCUGUUAUUCCGAAGCGUGGCAGGGAAAUCGCAAGUCGGGAGUUGUGCCUAUGAUGAUACACGUAAGUAGAAUAUUUUCUGGAUCGGUCGAACGACAGAGUUUUGUUUAGUGUCGUUUCACUCCUUUUAAAUCUGGCUCGAAGUCUCCGCUGGUUGUUUGGGUCUACCAAAUCGUUCAUUAAAUAUCGAAAUUUAUUUACUGAAUCCUCCCUGGGGUUAAACUCGUGCCGGGCAAUCAAACGUGACAAGCGGUCCUCUCACGAGGUGGCGCGAAGCCGCUUGUUUGAGUACUUUGGGAAAGAGCAGCAACGGACCCCAAACCGCCAGCAGGACGAAGGCCAGUUAUAACUGGCGCCCAACAAUACAAGGCAUUUCCUGCUUAUUAUUUUUUUUUGUUUGUUUAACUGGUUUUAGCCAAAAUUAUAUUUGGUGCCCUAUAAAACCAGGCAUAGUCAAAACUUAAGUUUUUCAUUCUGGCUAAUCAGAUUAAAUUUAGUGUACAAAUACAUAAUUCGACAACGGUUCCCCCCUCCGAUCAAGGCAAACAAAAAGUCCUUCAACCCCUUUAGCAACUUCAUGUUGCGAACAGUGAAUAGUUUUCCAGGACAUUGAAUCCACAGGGGAGACGUUUCUCAAUAAUAAUUAGGAACGAAAACACAUUGCACAUAAUAAUAUAUUUACUCUACGAAAUAUAAUUCCUUUACUAGAUAUAUUUAUUUUCCAUCAUACAAUCAUUAUUAUUAUUACAAUUAUUUAUUUAUUACCCUGUCCAUUCAUUAUUCCAUCCCAUUUCUUUGUACAUACAUUUCGUUACUUACUUAUUUAUUACACUCAUUAAUUUAUUUGAAAAUAUUCAAUAUCCUGCAAGAAAAAGUCCAAUCAGAAAUAAAAAAAAAAUGAAUCGACUGUUCCCACACGCGGAAGAUCUAAAUCAAGAGGAAGUCGAUUACGAGUUGAUGAUUCGCAAUCAACCAGAAGAAAUUUAUUCUCUAGACUUACAGGGAAAGCAAAGGCGUUUACGGAAUCUGUUCAGAGCAGAUCAAACCGAGGGUCGGAACUACAGGUCUCCCAUAAACAUUAAAGAUGAAGUAAACCACAUUGAGGGACGAAUCACUAGUUUAGAAAAAGCUCUUUCUAGGAAGGUCGAACCAAAACUAGAGUCUAGGGUCCUUCAUUACUGGUAUCGGGUAAAAAGGAGUAUAGCCAGAAAUGAUGAGGAGAAAAAAAUGCGCCGUGACUUGAAUAGAAAAAUCGAGAAAGUCAUGAAGGAUUUCCAGUUUGGACCUCCGAUGUCGCCUUUUAAAAAACAGAUAAAUGAUUGCAUUCAAAUAGCUGAAGGGGCAGUGGGCACACAAGGUCAAGAAGUUACCUUUUGUUUUCCUCCCGGUGCCACUCCGAGUAAAACUCAGUCGACGGCGACGCAACCGAUUCCUGACAAAGGGAAAGGAGCCAUACCUAAACAACCAGCCAUCCCAAAGCAACAGAGUAUACCACAUACGGAAGUGAAUGAGCCCACAAUGACCGUUUUCAGAAAGGACUGGGAAGAAAUGCAAAACACACUGGCAAAACUGACGGAGCAUAUCCGUACAGGAAGCCAAACAAACAGUUUCGGGCAGACAAAACAGUCAAAGGAUCCAACAUCGAACAACAAUAUAGUUCAAGCGAGCAAAUGGACACCCAGCAAAACGGAAACGCACCAACAACGAACUACAACUCGACUAACGAAAACAACACCCUCAUAUCGGAACCAAAGCGCGGAGUCGAGCGAGGAGGAAUACGAAAAAGAUUCUUUAGAAACGUUUUCAAGAGACCAACAGAAUUACUCAUACAAUACAGACAGCGAGCAUACUGACUAUGGAGGAGACCCAUAUUUCAGAUAUUCCGCUAGACAGCGUAGAUAUCCAGAGAGACGUUUUCACCAAAGAAGGUACGAGACCAACGGACGUGUGGAGAAAUGGAAACUAAAGUUUACAGGAGAGCCCAAGUCCAUGACAGUAGAGAAUUUUCUCUACGAGGCGAAGAAGUUAGCAGAACGAGAAGAAGUAUCGAAGUCGAUUCUACUCAGAGACAUCCACAUGCUACUGGAGGGACCCGCUUCAGACUGGUUUUUUACAUACGUCGACGAUUUCCACUCUUGGGAGGUUUUCGAAACAAAUAUAGUUUAUCGUUUUGGCAACCCGAACAAAGACCAGGGAAUCCGAUCGAAAAUCCAAGAAAGAAAACAACAACGCGGAGAAUCGUUUAUAGCAUUUGUAACGGAAAUCGAGAAAUUGAACCGUAUGCUUUCCCGACCGCUCUCUAAGCGAAGAAAAUUUGAAGUGAUCUGGGACAACAUGCGUCAGCAUUACAGGUCGAAAAUUUCGAUAGUACAAGUAGAGGAUCUUCAACAACUUAUCAGUCUAAACUACCGGAUUGACGCAGCGGACCCGCAGCUACAACAGUUAAAUGUAGAGGGGCAAUUUCGUCGGCCGAUCAACCAAAUCGAGGCUAACAGCAGCGACGGCGAAAGCGACAACUCGAUCCCAAUAAAUGCGUUGAGGAGCCGAUAUAACCGGGAAGCGUCACACCAGAUGACGAGAACAGCACAACAAUCGACGUCGGGAACACGGGUCCAAAGAACGGAGCUACCUAACCAUAGGCAACCUACGAUCGAAUGUUGGAAUUGUCAGGGAGAGGGACAUGGCUGGAGACAGUGUACAAAACCCAAACUAGUUUUCUGCUACGGCUGUGGAAGUUUGGGACGAACAAUAAGAAAUUGCGAAUAUUGCUCAAACCCUCCAAGACCAAACCAAAGUUCGCAGGGAAACGAAUAGAGGGGUGUGAGUCUGGGAAAGCAAGCAUCCCAUAUUCCAAAAAUAUUCCCAAACAAAUUCUCCAAAAUCUAAACUUUGACCUCCUCUCACAGGUAUAUCAUAUCAGAAUUCGCGUUAGUAAAUGUCCUCACCUAAAAGUUAAAAUAUUCGACACAGAAGUGGAAGCGUUACUAGAUUCGGGGGCGGGAAUCAGUGUACUAAAUUCACUUGAAAUUGUGUGUGAUGUGAUGUGAUGUGAUGUGAAGUGAAGCCACCAUCAGUUCAAGGACUUGCCAGUGGAUGCGGGUAGACUUACAGUUGCCCCGAUAUGACUCAUCCAUUCACCUUCUUACUAUAGCUGUUACCGAAAAGCGAACAAAAAGGGUUGGGCGGAUACGUAAGUAGAGUCACUUACUCGUAUUCCGCGGGAAUAAAAGAUGCUCUUCCAACCAUAAUAUCCAGUGCAUGGAUGAAGCAUAUCGCUAUACAUGCUUGAACCCGCCUGAUGGUUUGUUUGAGAAGGGCGCGUCAGACUCAUUUCAAACCUUCAGAAGGAAACAAGUUUCCUUCAAGUGACUUGGGCUGGCUAUCCACAAUCCCUCGUCCAGUCAUCAAUUCGUCCGAUGCCCUGAUGCUCCCUCCCCUUUACGCCCCCGUGCAAAAUGUUUUAUAUUGAUAAAUACAAUGAAACAUAGUGUAAUGAAAUUAAUAUAACAUAAAAUGAUAUAAUAGAUUACAAAAUAAUAUAAUACAAUGUCAUACAAUAUAAUAUAAUAUAUUAUAAAACAUGAUAUAAAAUAACAGUCAAUGUAGAGAGUCAGUUAUGCUCUUCUAUCUUCGCAAUACUGCAGGAAGUAGAAUAUUUCUCUUCUAAUAACAAUAAUAAUAUCCACAUCUAUAAAAAUAAUAUAUGUUAUUAUUAUUGAUGACAAAUUAAUAAUAAUAACAAUCAAUAUAAUAAUGAAAAUAACAACAAAAAACAAUAUAAUAUAGUACAAUGAAUUAUAUAAUAAAUAAUAGAAUAAAUAAAAUGAUAUGUUGCGAUAUGCUAUGAUAUUAUAUUACUUGAAUUUAUAUGUCAUUUCUCAUCCUCUCAUUCUGCCAUCAACGCAUUCCAUCGACCUUUUGUCACCACAGACACACGUGUAGGCAUGAAACAGGAACCAGUGAGGACCAAGCUCACCUUGUGACGACCUUGAUAUUUAGUUGAAAGUUACUUUAAAAAUGAUAACUUAUAAGGAAAACAAAUUUAUAUUUUGCGCAGAGGUACGUAGUACUACUCAUAAUAAACCCUACAAUAUAAUAUAAUAUAAUACAACAUAAUGCGAUACAAUAUAACAUAACAUAAUAGAAAUAUAAUAUAACAUAAUAUAAUAAAAUAUAAUAUAAUAUAAUACAAUAUAAUAUGAUAUAAUGCAAUGCAGUAUAAUACCAUACAACCUAGUAUUUAAUAACAUAAAAUAGUGUAAGACGAUAAUAUAUGAAAUAAUAUGCUAUGAUACAAUAUAACAGGUAAUGUCGCAGUGUAAG